AUGGCGAAGCGCAGCUUCCGAGUCGCUCUUUUCUGCCUCCAAAUGUAUUUGUACGAGACAGUAGCACAGGUACAACCAAGACAACAGGGAGAGGUUUGCUUAUUCGCUGGAGAAGUCUUUCAACCGGGGGAAAGCUACGGUGAAUUAUUUGAAAUUCCAAGAUGCGGAAACUGGUUCGAAUUUCCUUGCUUUUGCAAUCUAGAUUUCGAUCCACCAAUUGAUUGUCCAUACUGUGGGCUUCUGAUACAGAAUGGCGACUUUGUAUGUGCCAAAGAAAAUGAAAGGGUUUCUAUCGUGAAUGAUCGAGGCGUUGCCAAAAAUUGUGCUUGUUUGAGAAGGACUCCAGACAGCCUUGGUGAAAACUAUCUAGAAGCAAUAUGCGUUGAUGCACCAGUGCCAAAUCCACCGCCGCCUACCAAUCGUCCCACUAUCUUGACCAGUCCUCCCACGACCCCUCCAACCAAUCGACCAACCAUCAGUACCAACCCACCGACGAUACAGGAAACUGAGCCACCAGUCAACAACGAUAACGGAAGCAAUCCCAAUCCCACAUCAGCCCCUGUCACUCCAGCGCCAACCACACCCGCACCAACGACUCGGGCACCAGUCACAUCAGCACCAACGACGGCUGCACCCACCACUCCUGCACCGACUAUUGACACGACGCCAGUGGAUCCGAAUGAUGUGUGUGUCAUCGAUGUGGACGGGAUUUCUCAAACCUUUUUGAAUGGCCAGUCCUUUGGGACUGCUCUAUUGACACGUUGUAUUGAUGCAACGGAGUAUCCUUGCUUUUGUGAUACUAGCUUGGAUAUCAAGAUCCGAUGUCCAUACUGUGGCUAUCUGACAGUCACGGGGGAACUUGCCUGUGCUCGCCUCGACGAGACGAUUCAGUUUAGUGAUCGUUCCAAUACUCCGACUGAAUGCACAUGCCUGGAUGAUAUAUCGCUGGCAUCCAACUGCCGAGAUCUCUCAGCGCCGACACCCGAACCGACUCGGGAAAUAGUGAUCACAGCUCAGCCAACUUCGUCUCCAACAACACCAGACCCAACACCUUCUCCCACUUCACCGGCUCCAACAAGACCAACGAUUGGUACCCCGCAGCCAUCAAUAUCCACUGUGCCGUCGAUAGCUCCGUUGCCAGUGACACCCUGGCCAACUGUGGGCAUUGACAAACCUGCCAUUGCGGAACCCAUUCGACAACCAGUAGCCCAACCGAGUACACCAAAGCCUUCACCAGAUGGCUGUUUUUUCAAUCGAGAAGAAGAUGAAUCCCUAGCCUUUGUGGAGAAUGGAUUUCCCUUUGGGUCGGAUGUGGUUGGACCUUGUCCAGUCGAUGAAUUUCCAGUCAUUUGCAACACGAGGCUGACUGGAAAACGAGAAUAUCCGUAUUGUGUCUUCUCCAGUGCCACUCGAGAUAGUGGGGUAUCCAUCAACGGUCGAUCAGGUAUGCAAAAGGUUUGUGCUAGAUCCGGAAGUCGGGUUUUGAUCACUCGAACCGACGGCAACCGAGAAUUGUGCAGUUGUCUGUACAACAAUCCAGCAAUUGGGCCUGUGUCUCAGUGCAAAAUGGUCGACUUCAAUUACACCGAGAUACUAUUCACAAGAGAGCCUACAAUGUCUCCUACCAUUGAGACACUAGGGAACAAUUUGGGGGUUGACGAUCCCGUCAAUAACCCACCCAUAUCCGCAGCUACCUUACCGAGAUGGUGGUCCUUGGCCAUGAUGGGCUGUACUACCAUGAUCUUGCUGGUAGUGGUCGAUCUUCGUAUGUAG